AUGGUGUCACCUCCGGCCUCGUCUGGCCGGGUGCCCGCCGCAGGCGCCUCUUCUCCCUCGCCGGGCCCGGCAGCUCCGCAGCAGCCGUGGCUCGAGGGGGAGCUGCUGGUGCUGCCCAGCCCGCUGCCGCUGCACGUGUGCUGCCCUGUGGCGGGCUGUCCGCGGUCAUACGCGAACCAGGCGCAGACUGCUGUCCGCCACAGCCUGCUGCGACACCUUCGGACGGACUUCCACCCCGGACUGUCGGGCCGGCCGCCGCCGCCACCGGAGCCUACACCGACGCCGUCACCGGAGCCGACACCGCCGCCGGCGCCCGAGGAGGAACGGCUCUCGCCGCCGCCGUCGCCUGGGCCGCUGCCCGAGCGGUGGUGGUCGCCGGCCCAGCCGUCACCGGAGGAGCCGACGUCGCCGCCGCUGGUGUUCCCGGCGCCCUCAUCGGACUCGUCGGGGACUCCAUCGCCGCCGUCGCCACUGGAGCGGCCUGACGCCGAGCGACGGCCCGCCGCCGACGGUGGUGAGCCGCCGCCGACUGGGACUCUGCAGCGUGGUGCCGAGCGCGCUGGACAGUGCUGCGACAAAGUGACAGUGCCGAACGCGAGUGACUCGUCUGUGCCAGUGCCGCCCGCGUUAGUGCCGCCCGCGUUAGUGCCGCCCGUGACAGUGCCGCCCGCGUCAGUGCCGCCCGUGACAGUGUCGCCCGCGUCAGUGCCGCCCGCGCCGGAACCGAGUCCGGCCGCGCCCGUGCCGCCAGUGAUGCCGCCCUCGGCGGAGUCGACGACGCCGGCCUGGCCCUCGCGGCUGCGGCCCCCAUCGUCCGCCUCUCCGGACCCGCGCCCUCGCCCCGGCGUUAACCGCGUCGGUGGAGCGUCGGCGACGACACCGCGCCGGGGCCGCCGCUCGCCUAACCUGACGUCCUCGUGGUUCUGGCUGCGGGGCCCCGGCGUCGGCGCGAGGAGGGAGCCGUCGGCCGACAGCUCGGACUCAUCGCCAGACUCGCCGUCCCCAGCGCCCACGCUGUACCUGCCGCCUAGCUCCAGCUCGUCGGACUCUUCAUCAGCUGCUGGCAGCGAGCCGGCCGCGUCUCCGGGCCGGGCGGCGCGCCGCCGCCGCUACCGAGCCAAGCGCCGAGCGGAGCGCCGCCGCUCGGGCCACGUGGUGCCCGAGGCCGCUCCGCCACUCGCGGGCGCCGGCCCUGAGGUGACGCCCCCGCCCCAGCCCACCCCGCGACCCGAUGCUCCCCCGCCCACCCCGGGACCCGAUGCUCCCCAGCCCACCCCGCCGGCCGGCGCUCCCCCGGCCGAGGCGGCGGCCCCGGCCUCGCGCUCCCGUGCUGGCCGUGGCCGUGGUCGCGGCCGGGGAGGCGCCGCGUCUGCCCGAGCCCAACCCCAGGCCCAGGAGCCCGAGCUUACCGAGCUCCAGAGGCUCUACCUCCCUCGUUUGGAGCAACUUCUAGCUGCCGACGCCGAGUGGGCGGCUUGCGAGGAGGUGCUGACCGCGAUGGUGGCCGAGGCGAGCCGGCGGAACGAAGCCUACCACGCUAAGCGCGCGGAGGAGACGGACCGCCGCCGCCGCCAGCCGCCGCCUGACCGGCAGCGCCUCCGCCGCGACCCGCCCCGGCGGCCCGACCCGGCCGGCCGCCCGGCCGCUGCGCCGGCCCCACCCCCCGGACCCAACCCCGUCCCGGCUCCCCCGGCGGAGGGCGCCGCGCCGCCGCCGCCGCCGCCGGCCGACCGACGCCGCCAGUACCGCCCACCGCAGUACGACCCGGCCGAGGCAAGCCGGCUGCAGCGCCUCUACCGCACCAACCGAGCCCGUGCUAUGAGGGAGGUGCUGGCUGAGGACGGCCCGCGGUGCUCGCUGGACCCCGCCGCUAUUCGCUCUCACUUCUCUCCGUCUCCCACCGCCGACCCUCCCGUGGACUGGGACGCCCGCCCGCCCUGUGUACCGGAGCUCGGGGAAGCCAGUCAAUGCGACGGGCUGACCCGGCCCUUCACUGAGGACGAGGUGUGGCAGCGCCUGCGCUCCGCCGCCAACACGGCGCCCGGCCCUGACGGGCUGCGCUAUGUGGCGUGGCGUGCCCUCGACCCCGGCGCCCGCCUGCUGACUCUGGCAUACAACGUGUGCAAGAGCCACCGGCGGCUGCCGGGCGAGUGGGGCAAGAGCAGCACGGUGCUCAUCCACAAGGGGGGCGACGCCGACGACCCGUCGUGCUGGCGACCCAUCGCCCUCAUCAGCACGAUCGCCAAAGUGUACGCCGGUCUGUGGGCCGACCGGCUCUCCCGUUGGGCGGAAGGGGAAGACCUCCUGUCCCCAGGGCAGAAAGGCUUCCGGCACUAUGACGGAGUAUUGGAGCACAACUUCAUACUCCAGAGUGCACUGACUGCCUCUCGGCGAGCGGCCGGCGGUGAGCUGCACGUUUGCUUUGUCGACCUGACAAACGCAUUCGGCAGCCUGUCGCAUAGUUACCUGUGGGACGUGCUGGCGCGCCUGGGCCUCGAGCCUGAGGUGCUGCUCGCCCUGCAGAGUAUUUAUGACGGCACCACUACCGUCUACGCCACGGCGCGGGGCGUGUCCGAGCCGGCACCAGUCGUGCGAGGCGUGCGUCAGGGCUGUCCGCUGAGCGGCGUCCUGUUCGCCCUUGCCAUGGAGCCGCUUGUACGCGCCCUGAACGGGAUUGACGGCGUCGAGGCGCUCGCCUUUGCCGACGACGUGGCGCUGCUCUGCCGAGACCACCCGGCCCUGGAGAGCGCGCUGACCGCGCUGGAGGAUGUGUGCGCCUGGUGCGGCCUCCAUCCUAAUCCGCGCAAGUCCGGCCUGCUGUCGAUCGUGGUGGGGGAGGGGGGCUCGUACCGGUACCUGGGCCGGCCCGUCGGCCACUCCCGCCUCUCCUGCCCGCCGACCGAGGUGCUGGACGACGCGCGGCGUGCCGCUGAGCGGGUGACGGACAGCGCUCUCGCCCCGUGGCAGAAGCUGGACGCCCUCCGCUCCUGCGUCAUGCCGCGGCUGACGCACUGCCUCCGGCUCGGCCUCCUCCCCAAGACGGCGCUGCGCAGUCUGGACGCUGCAAUUCGGUGGCGGGUGAAGGGCGUCCUGAACCUGCCCUCCCGUGCCAGCGCCGAGUACUUGUACUCUGGCGUGGCGCAGGGCUGUGUCGGCCUUACGGAGCUGGCCGUGGAGGCGGACAUGCUGCUGGUGGCUUCCACCUGGCAGCUGCUCACCUCCCCGGACGAGGCUGUGAGGACGACUGCCGAGGACCAGCUGACAGAGUGCGUGCGCCGCCGCCUCUCCGCCCCGCCCACCGCAGCGCAGGUCGCCGGCUACCUGAACGGCGAGGCCAUGCGCGACGGCGGUGACGUCGCGACCCGGUUCAGCCGGGCGCGUGUCGCCACCAAAGCGCUGGCCAAGCUGGUCGGGAUACGCUGGCAGGCGGCCGACGGCCAGCUGUCUUUGACGCUGGACGGCGAGCCGCUGCCGCGCGGCAAGGCGGCCGCGCUGCUCCGGGACGCCGUCCGCCGCGCCGCCGCAGCCCGCCUGCACACCAAGCCCCAUCAGGGCAAGGUGAUGCGCUGUGUGGCCGACCAGCGCAUCAGCAGCCACUAUAUGUACAACGGUGACUACAUCCGGUUCGCCGAGUGGCGCUUUGUCCACCGAGCGCGCCUGGGGCUGGUGCCUCUGAACGGGGCCCGCCACGGCGCUGCGCCGGGGGACCAGCGCUGCCGGCGCUGUGGACACGCCAGCGAGACCCUGCCCCACGUGCUGUGUCACUGCAUGCAGCGGCAUAGCGUGGCCUACCAGCGGCGCCACGACGCUCUCCUGGCUCGCCUGGCGAACGCGGUCCGGCGGGACGGAGUCGACGUCCGAGUUAACCGACAGGUGCCGGGCGUGCAGUCCACGCUGCGCCCCGACCUGGUGGUCACUCGUGACGGCGGCGCCACCGUCGUGCUCGCCGACGUCACGGUGGCCUUUGAGAACGGCCCCGAGGCCCUGCAAGCCGCCAGCGACGCCAAGGUGCGCAAGUACGCGCCCCUUGUCGCGGAGCUGCGAGCAGCGGGUAAGGAGGCCAGCGUCGUUGCUCUGGUGGUUGGCCCGCUGGGCACGUGGUGGCGGGGCAACGAGGUGGUGCUGCGCCGGCUCCGCGUCAGUCGUGCCUACGCCCGCCUCAUGCGCCGCCUGAUGGUGUCCGACACGCUGCGGUGGUCCCGUGAUGUGUACAUCGAGCACAUCACGGGCCACCGCCAGUAUCAAUAG